CAACCAUAUGCUAAAAAAAUUUAGGGCGGAGAAUGCCUACAACAAAACAUCGUGAUUGUGUCUUAUCUCAUAAUAAAAAAAACCAAAAACACGUAUCUCCAAAAUCAAUUUCGAUCCACGAACCCAAAUUCUAAAACUCUCCUAUAAGUUUGGUAUUUAAAUCCCCUUUUUACCAUAUUCUCUUUUUCUUUUUUGAAUUUCAAUACCCUUUAGUUUCAUUUCAUUGUUUUUUUUUCCAGUUUUUAACAUCUGGGUUUUGUUUUAUCUUGAUUUUGUGAAAUGGGUUUUUCUUAAUUAAGUAAAUAAACUAGAAAAAAUAGAUUCUUGGUAUUAAAAUUCCCUUUUUUGAAAUACCCAUUUCAUUUUCAGUUUCAGUUUCAGUUUCAAUACCCUUUGAGUUUCACUUUGAAUUGUUAUUUUGAGUUUUUUUUUUUCUUCCAGUUUUAGCAUAUGGGUUUGGUUUUAUCUUGAUUUUUUGAAAUGGGUUUUGCUUAAUAUAGUAAAUAAACCAGAAAAAGUAGAUUCUUGUUUAUUUUUGGGUUGUUUUGAAGCUCUUGUUUAAUGGUGAUUGGAAGUUAAGUAUUAACCAGGUAUGGUUUAUGCAGGAAAUAUCACUCAUCAAAUAAAUCCCAAGUCUGAAAUAUUAAAAGGGCAGCUCGCUGCACUGAACUCCUUCUAUGUGUGAGGUUCGGGGAAGGGGUGGAGCACAUUGAGCUUACUGUACAUAGCCUUACUUGGCAUUUCUGCAACUGUGAAACAUUAGAGUGAACUAAGAUACUGAUAGUAUGAAGGAGACUGAUCCACAGGAUCAAUACAUGAAAACAUGAUGAGCUUCAAGGACUGGGUCCUAUCACAGUUGAUAACCAAGUCAGUAGCCUCGUCAAGACCACUUUUAGUAUCGGAUAGCUUUUUAUCAGAGGAACAUCUUGAUCAAGAGUUUGAUCACCCAGCUCACACUGCCGAUUUGGUUACAACAUUAGCCAAUACAAUCCAAUCUUCCGAUGAUAAUCAGGAGAAUACACAGAAUACAAAUAAUUUCCAUUCACAACAAAGGAUGGAUGAAGAUUCUUUUCAGUCGGAUUUUAGGGUUGAUGAGAAGCCUAGUCCAGUGGUAAAGAUUGAAGCCCUUCAGAUUAAGUUCUUGCGCCUUCUUAAACGUUUUGGCCUGUCCGAGGACAACCUUCUGGUAUCAAAGGUCUUAUACCGGAUCCAGCUGGCAUCACUUAUACGGGCAAGAGAAUCAGAUUUAAAAAGGGCAAAUCUUAAAAUCGAGAGAGCUCGUGUAAUAGCAGCAGAACAAGAAGCUGCUGGCCGACCACAAUUAGAUUUCUCAUUUAAGAUCCUUGUACUGGGUAGAACUGGAGUUGGCAAGAGUUCAACCAUAAAUUCGAUAUUUGACCAAUCAAAAGCAAUAACCGAUGCAUUCAAGCCUAGUACCGACCGUAUUCAAGAGAUCUCGGGAACAGUAAAUGGCAUCCAAGUAUCGUUUAUCGACACUCCCGGUUUAUUGCCCCCCUCACCCAGUAAUGUCCGGAAAAACAAGAAGAUUUUGCAUUCUGUGAAACGAUUUCUAAGGAAAUCUAAGCCUGACAUGGUACUGUAUUUUGAGCGCCUGGAUUUGAUCAACACGGGAUACAGUGAUUUUCCUUUGUUGAAGCUUAUAACGGAAGUCUUUGGUCCUGCAAUUUGGUUUAAUACCAUCCUUGUUAUGACUCAUUCUUCCUUCAAUCUUCGCGAAGGAACAAACGGAUAUCCUGUUAACUAUGAAUCUUUUGUCACCACGUGCACGGAUUUGGUGCAACAUUAUAUUCACCGGGCUGUCUCUGACACGAAGCUUGAAAAUCCCGUAAUUUUGGUGGAGAACGAUCCCAAUUGUAAGACCAAUAAUGCCGGAGAGAAAAUUCUCCCUAAUGGGCAGGUGUGGAAGUCACAGUUAUUGUUGCUGUGCAUAUGCACCAAAGUUCUAAGUGAUGUUAAUACCCUAUUGGAGUUUGAAGACAGUCUGAAGGUGGGACCCUCAAAUGUAGGACGAUUGCCUUCUCUUCCUCAUCUUCUCUCAUCCUUUCUAAAGCAUCGUGCUCAGAUAAGGCAUGACGGAGCUGAGAAUGAAAUUGACGAGGUUUUUCUUUUUGACUCGGAUGAUGAAGAUGAAGAAUAUGAUCAAUUGCCUCCUAUUCGGAUACUGACCAAGUCUCAGUUUGAAAGGUUGAGUGGUCCCCAAAAGAAGGAUUAUCUCGACGAAUUAGAUUACCGGGAAACCCUAUAUUUGAAAAAACAACUGAUAGAAGAAGCCAGUAGAAAGAGAGAAAAGAGAGUUUCUUCUUCUUCGAGUGAGGGAAAAGCCGUGGAUGAUGGGUCUGAGGAGGGCCCGCCAGAGCCAGUUCUGUUGCCAGAUAUGGCUAUUCCUCCAAGCUUCGAUUCAGAUUGCCCUAUCCACAGAUACAGGUGUCUCGUCACCAGUGAACAGUGGCUCGCAAGGCCGGUCCUCGAUCCCCAUGGCUGGGACCAUGACGUCAGCUUCGACGGAAUUAACCUCGAGAGCAGUGCAGAAAUACGAAAAAACGUAUUUGCCUCGGUUAAUGGACAAAUGAGCAAGGACAAACAAGACUUCAGUAUUCAAUCUGAAUUUGCUGCGGCUUUCACCAAUCCAGGUGGGCCCACUUACGCGGUUGGUCUUGAUGUUCAAUCUGCCAACAAAGAGCUGAUCUGCACUAUUCACAGUAACGCAAAGGUAAAAAACCUAAGAAAUAAUGUCACUGAAUGCGGUAUUUCUGUAAUACCGUUCGGGGAUAAGUAUUUUCUCGGUGCCAAGUGUGAAGAUAGUUUUACAAUUGGAAAGAGACUGAAGUUUAAUGUGAACACUGGUCGGAUGGGGGGUGCUGGACAAGCAGCUUAUGGCGGAAGCUUCAUAGCUACUUUAAGAGGAAGAGAUUAUCCAGUGAGAAAUGAAAGUCUGAGCCUCUCGAUGACAGUUCUUUCUCUUAACAAAGAAACGGUUUUGAGCGGAAACUUGCAAACUGACUUCAGAGUGAGCCGAGGUACAAACAUGUCAGUGAGUGCAAAUCUCAAUAACCGGAAACUGGGCCAGUUUUCCAUCAAGACAAGCAGCUCUGAGCGCAUGGAAAUAGCUUUUAUCGCACUUUUCUCCAUCGCAAGAGCCCUGUUGCGCAGAAAGAGAAACGACCAACUUGUUGAAGAUACCCUGGAAGCGGGAUGAAUAUUAGGGGGCCUAUCAAUUUUUCUUUAGGCGCCAUCUCCAGGGCUUCAAGGUGCGAAAGUAAUUUCUUACUUGUAGUCUACAUAUUUUUAGGGUGGUGUUUCUCAUGAAGCAGUUCAGCGAUGAGCGAAGGUUGCUAUGUUUUCGUUGUUGUUAGAUCAGUAUUAUCAAAUCCAGGGUAGGUAAAAAAGACACUUCUUUUUGUUGUCAGGUAAAGUUGAGAUGGCUGUAGUUUGUAUCAGAGUAAUAAACUGUAUAGUAUUGAUUUAGAAGAGCAUACAAAAGUUUUCUGCGGUUCUUGUAAUAACAAUUAGCUUGGAAAAGCUAGCAGGAUUCUAGUUUUGAUGCCAGAAGGAUGAUUUUUUUUCUAGUAUCAGAUGAUUUAUUGUUCUUUUGGGCAAUGACAUCAAUCUUUCUCCUUC